AUGGCCGGAGGCUUCGGAUUCGUCUCUUCGGUCUCUCGCGCAAGCAAGGCUCGCGGCGUCGCGUCCGCUAACAAGGAAACCAAAGAAAAAAAAAUGGCUACGAACAGCAAACCCUGGUACCUUCAGAAUGACGAUAUAAUAGUGGAACAUUAUCUGCCUCCCACUGAUCUGAACAAAACAAAUAUUGAAAAGACCUUCUACCAGAAAUAUUCACAAAGCUUAAAAACCAUGAUUCCCAUCCGCUUAAGAUCAAGGUCUUCCAAGAACCCAGUUGACAGUGCUGGACUUUUCUCAUUUGCUACCUAUUCUUGGUUUUCCUCUCUAAUGCUCCAAGGAUACCGGCACAAAAUCGAUAUAGCCAUGUUGCCUCCUAUCUCUUACUACGACAGUGCUGAACCAAAUGCCAAAAGAUUUCGACUCCUUUGGGAAGCUGAGGUUGCCAAAGUCGGACUUGAGAAAGCUUCUUUACACAAAGUGUUUUUUCAGUUUCAAAGGACAAGGAUUUUCAUGGACAUAAUUGCUAAUAUUCUUUAUACCAGUUUUGGUGUUUUGGGGCCAACCCUGAUCUUCCAUAACAUCCUCCAGUACAAUGACAAAGAUUCAAAGGACUUGCUGGAGGGUAUUGGCCUCUGCACGGCCCUUUUUUUCAUGGAAUUUUCCAAAGUUGUGUUGUGGUCAUUGACGUGGGCUAUCAACUAUCGCACAGCCAUCAGGGCAAAGGUUGCUGUGACAACUAUCGCUUUUGAGACCUUGCUGACAUGUAAGUCCUUGAAACACGCAUCUUUAAGCAAGUUGAUUAAUUUCUUAGCCAAUGAUGGUUUCCGGAUAUUUGAAGCCGCUUUGUUUGGCCCCAUGCCCAUGUUGGCACCUCUUUUGAUCAUAGUUUGCACCAUCUAUUCCUGUGUCCUCCUUGGUCCAACAGCACUGAUGGGAACAUUCAUUUAUGUUGCAUUUAUACCAUUACAGAUGCUGAUGGCCAAAUUAACGUCCGUUUUCCGAAGACGCUCUAUUUUGCUGACCGACAAACGUGUGCUAAUCAUGAAUGAGGUUCUGACGUACAUAAAGCUAAUCAAAAUGUAUGCCUGGGAAAAACCUUUUGCAAAAAUUAUCACAGGCAUCAGGGAGGUAGAAAGAAAAAUACUGGAAAAGGCAGGAUACGUCCAGAGUGUGAACUCUGCCCUUACCUCAAUCGUUGCCACGUUAACCAUUGUUAUGCUGUUUUCCUUCCAUACCCUGUUAAAGCAUGAACUCACAGCAGCUGAUGCCUUCAGUGUGAUUUCAGUAUUUAAUACCAUGAGGUUUUCAAUUGCCAUUUUGCCAUUUUCAGUGAAAUCCCUUGCGGAAGCUAGUGUCGCCUUAAAAAGGCUGAAGAAAAUUCUCACUAUGAAAACGCCUUCUGCGUAUGUGACAACCAUGCAGGGCUCCAGAAAUGCUGUGAUGCUGAACAAUGUCACCUUAUCUUGGGAAAGUGCUUCUGGGGAACCUAGCCAUAGCAAAAGUGGGAAAGGAACACUUCUCCAUCAGAAAAAGGUCUGCAAAUCCCCUCCCAGAAUAGAUGCGGUCAUUUCUCACUCUCAGAUAUCAAUGACUAGGAGCAAUAUCGACUGCAGCUUCAUCCUGAGGAAUAUAAAUAUUAUAGUAAAGAAAGGCAAAGUUUUGGGGAUUAGUGGCAAUGUCGGAAGUGGAAAGACCUCGAUCCUCAAGGCAGUAUUAGGACAGAUGUAUCUGUAUCAUGGGAAUGUGGUGGUGAAUGGCACUUUGGCGUAUGUUUCCCAGGAAGCAUGGAUAUUUCAUGGAAGUGUCAGGGAUAAUAUACUGUUUGGAGAAGACUACGAUGAACAAAGGUAUAAUCAUAUCAUCAACAUUUGCAGUCUCAAGACAGAUAUGGAACGUUUAUCCUAUGGAGAUAUGACUGAAAUAGGAGAAGGGGCUCUGACCCUUUCUGGAGGUCAGAAGCAGAGAAUCAGUUUAGCUCGUGCUGUGUAUGCAAACCGGGAUAUUUAUUUAUUGGAUGAUCCUUUGUCCGCCGUGGAUGCUCAAGUUGGAAAGUCUAUUUUUGAAGAAUGCAUCAAGAAAGCUCUUAAAGAGAAAACCAUCCUACUGGUAUCACAUCAGCUGCAGAUUGCAGGCAACCCAUUUUUUCCGUCAUCAUCAGAUGAAUUAAUGAAAAAGAAAGAUACCCAGGAUCACAAUUCAGACAACUCUCCCACAGAAUUGAAAGUUCCUGGUUUUGAUGAGCCUGAUGAUACGGAGACUAAGAAAGACCUUAAAAGAGGAACGAACAGAACUCCUGAAGGCCAGCUGAUUCAAAAAGAGGAGAAGGCAGAAGGUCGGAUCAAAUGGGAAAUCUACCAUGCUUAUAUCAAGGCAUCUGGAGGUUUCCUUUUGUGGUUUGUCAUCAUUCUUCUCUUUGUUCUGAUGAUUGGCAGCUCAGCCUUUAGCAACUGGUGGUUGAGUUUCUGGUUAAACCAAGGAUCUGGGAAUGCGACCUGUAACCCUCCCCAAAACACAACCUGCGAUGCGGGCAGCAUCACCACCAAUCCUCAGCUUCACUUCUACCAGCUGGUCUUCGGGAUGAGUGUGGUUAUCAUGAUUAUCCUGAGUUUCAUCAAAGGUUAUGGUUUCACUAAGCUGACCUUACGAGCUGCCUCCAACCUCCAUAACACCAUGUUUUACAAGAAGAUGGAAUGGAGGAUUGCUUAUUCCAAAGUGGGCUACUAUAUUUUUCAGAACACCAUCCAAGAGCUCAAACGAAUUGAGAACCUCAGCAGAUCUGUGUGGCUCUGCUUGAUCACAUCUUCAAUCCAUGGUCUUAGUACGAUCCGUGCCUUCAACAAGACAGAGGACUACAUCAAUCGUUUUAGGAUCUUGAAUAACGAAAACUCAAACCAUUUCCUUAUGUUUAACUAUGCACUGCGAUGGUUUGCACUGAGGACAGAUAUUCUCAUGAGCUUCAUGAUGUUGACUGUAGCCCUGUGUGUGGUCCUCAGCCAUUCUUCUAUCAGUACUGCAGAAAAAGGCUUGGCUCUAUCUUAUUCUCUCCAGCUAAGUGGACUUCUUCAAGUAUGCGUGAGAUCGUGCAUUGAAGUGCAAGCCAGAUUUACUUCUGUGGAGCAGAUAACCGAAUACAUCGUGAAAUGCACUCCUGAAGGAUCAGAGAUCCCUCCUGUGAUCACCCCUCCUCCAGGCUGGCCUGAUCAGGGGGAAAUCAUUUUUAAGAACUAUCAGAUGAAAUACCGAGAAAACAGUCCUAUUGUACUCCAUGACAUCAACAUCCACAUUCAUGCUAAAGAAAAAAUUGGGAUAAUUGGCCGGACAGGUUCAGGAAAGUCCUCUUUAGGAGCUGCUCUGUUUCGACUCGUGGAACCAACAUCUGGCACAAUCAUCAUUGAUGGCAUCGACUACCGCAACAUUAGCCUGGAAUCUUUACGUUCAAAGCUGUCCAUCAUUCCACAAGAUCCUGUUCUGUUUGUUGGUACAAUAAGAUACAACUUAGAUCCUCUUCUGAACCACACUGAUGAUCAAAUUUGGCAAGUUCUGAACCAAACCUUUAUGAUGAGCAAGAUUUCCAAACUACCAGGAAAACUGGAGGCAGAAGUGGUCGAAAACGGGGAAAAUUUUUCAGUGGGGGAACGACAGUUGCUCUGCAUGGCGAGAGCCCUCCUGCGAAACUCCAAAAUUAUCCUUCUCGAUGAAGCCACCGCUUCUAUUGAUUCCGAGACAGAUAUGCAGAUUCAGAGGACUAAUCAAGAAGCAUUUGUUAACUGCACAGUCUUGACAAUAGCGCAUCGCCUAAACACCAUUCAAGAGUGCGACCAUAUUUUGGUGAUGGAUAAAGGAAAGGUUGUUACCUUUAGCAAGCCGAAAGAGAUAUUCAAACAUCCCAGUUUUCAUUUGCCCGACGUAUCAUCACCAUCAGUGUUUUCUAGGUGGAGUUUGAACAAAUAA